AUUUUUAUAAUAAUAACCUUGUUUGUCUAUCUUGAUUUCUGGGUUUCUUAUUAUGUGUCAAAUCAGUUUUUGUCCCUCUAAAGAUUGUGCUAUUGCAAUUGAGAUGUGCAUGCCCCUGUAGCUGAAAAGUGAAAAGUGAUAUUAUAUGAGGAACAAUGGGUACUUCUCCACAUGCCGUUGAAGGUAGACACCGUUUUCCAGCACCAAUUGAAGAGUUAUACAGACGAAGAUUACCAAGAAGUAAUGCAAAAGAUAUAGAGAAGCCUAUCCACUUACCCAUCCAUGAUAAAAGCUCAAGAUGCAAGUUUUCUUUCUUAAAACCUUUUGUCCUUGUGUUAAUCAUUUGCGGCACUUUUUCAACUCUCAUGUACUCUCCAGAGGUUUACAAAAGCCACCAUUUAUUAAGCUCUAGCUCUGGGUGGAUAUGGGGUGGUUCAGAUCCUCGGUAUAUAUCGAAUGUAAAUAUUAACUGGGAUGGUAUAUUGCAAAUUACUGAGAAUUUGACUAGAAAAAAAGAAUUUAAAGGGGUUGGCCUUCUAAACUUCAAUAAGACUGAAAUAAACCAUUGGAAACAGCUUAUUCCUGAUGUGACACAUUUGGUUAUGCACUUGGAGUAUGCGGCAAAAAAUGUGACAUGAGAAUCACUGUACCCAGAAUGGAUUGAUGAGGAAGAAGAAACUGAAGUUCCCAUUUGUCCUGCUCUCCCAAGUCUUAAAUCUCCUGGAACAAGGCUUAAUCUCAUAGCUGUGAAGCAUCCUCAUCCUAAUAGGGGGAAUAAUUGGUCUAGAGAUGUAGCUAGGUUGCACUUGCAACUAGCAGCAACUGAACUUGCAACCUCUUUCAAAGGAAAUUACCCUGUGUAUGUGCUUUUUGUUACCCAUUUCUUUCCCACACCAAAUUUGUUUCACUGCGAAGAACUUGUGGGACAUGAAGGAAAUGUAUGGCUAUACAAACCAAAUUUGAUUGUUUUGAGAAAAAAACUACACCUCCCAGUAGGAUCGUGUGAACUUGCACUUCCUUUGAGGGGAAAAGAGCUGAUUUACGCGGCAGAUGUUCAUAGAGAAGCAUAUGCUACAAUUCUUCAUUCAGCUCAUGUUUAUGUUUGUGGAGCUAUUGCUGCUGCACAAAGCAUUCGCAUGUCUGGAUCAACCCGGGACCUAAUUAUACUUGUUGAUGAAACAAUCAGUGAAUACCACAGAAGUGGUUUGGAAGCAGCAGGGUGGAAAAUUAGGACAAUACAAAGGAUUCGAAACCCAAAAGCUGAAAAAGAUGCUUACAAUGAAUGGAACUACAGCAAGUUUCGUUUAUGGCAACUAACAGAUUAUGACAAGAUAAUAUUCAUUGAUGCAGAUUUACUCAUACUAAGAAACAUAGAUUUCCUAUUUGGAAUGCCAGAAAUCACUGCUACAGGAAACGAUGCCACACUUUUUAACUCAGGUGUGAUGGUGGUUGGGCCAUCAAAUUGCACUUUCAAGCUCCUAAUGGAUAAUAUUAAUGAGUUUUCCUACAAUGGAGGGGACCAAGGAUACUUAAAUGAAAUAUUUACAUGGUGGCAUAGGAUACCAAGACACAUGAACUUUCUGAAGCAUUUUUGGGCUGGUGAUGAGGAAGAGAAGAAACAAACGAAGACCAUGUUAUUUGGUGCUGAGCCCUAUGUCCUUCACUAUCUAGGAAUGAAGCCAUGGUUGUGCUUCCGUGACUAUGAUUGUAACUGGAAUUCUAAUAUAUUUCGUGAGUUUGCAAGUGAUGUUGCUCAUGAAAGGUGGUGGAAGGUGCAUAAUGCAAUGCCCGAGAUGUUGCAGCAGUUUUGCAUGUUGAAGUCCAAGCAAAAGGCACAGUUAGAAUGGGAUCGUAGGCAAGCUGAAUUAGCAAACUACACAAAUGGGCAUUGGAGAAUCAAAGUUAAAGAUCAGCGAUUGAAUAAAUGCAUAGAAAAUUUGUGUUCAUGGGAAAGCAUGUUGAAGCACUGGGGAGAGACUAAUUGGGCAGAUGAUGAGUCUUAUACUCCUACACCACCCAUCAUUGCCACAUCAUCUCUCUCUGCUUUGUGA